AUGGGGUGUGCACCAUCCCACAGGGAUAUAAUUCACUCUAUUACCAAAAAUGCAGCACGGCCUUUAAAAAAAACGAAAGCUAUACUACCACCUGAACAGAAUCCUGAAGGAGAAUUUUCACCUGCAUCAGAUGAAAGCUCUAGUGCUUGUGACACUGACGGUGAGCCUAAUCAGUGUGAGAAAUGGCAAAAACAAAAUAUUCAUGUAGGUAAUCAGAAGGUUCAGGAAGCUGACAUUUUAUCUUUUACUGAUUUAAUUUCAGCAAACCACACUUCAGGUUUAGAACAGCAUUGCAGAGAAGGGAAAAGUGAAUGCUUACUGGCAGCAGCUGAAGCUACUCUAUCUAAAACAGGAGAGCUUCAAAGAUCCACGGCCCAGAAACUGUGCAUACAGGCAAGUGGCACAGCACUAGAGAAAACGGAUUCACUGACAGGUGAGGAGACGACUGAAGGUCACCAAAAAACAACUCUAAAGAAAAGUAGGAAACAAAAAGGUCACAAGGCUUUAAAUCAGGGAUAUCAUUGCAAGGUACGCAGAAAUAGCUUGGUCCAGCAUGAUCAUGGGAAAAAAGUUGAUUUUCCAGAAGCCAUUGUUAAGGCCCAUCAAACUGCUUAUGCAUACCUUACCCCUAGCCUUUCUAAGUAUGAGAUCAUACUAAGCAUUGCCAACCAAACCACUGAGACACAACUAAUUCUACAGCAGAUGAUAAGCUUUCUAAUGCUUCGCUUUGAUGAAGUCAAUCAUAUUUUAGAAGAAAUCACAACGGAGGGGGAAAGUCUCCUUAAAGACAUAGGGCAACAUCUUGCAUGGCCCAGGGAGAAAGGGAAUAUUAAUCAGCAGCCGGAUCUCCUGCAGCAGCUGCUCCAGUAUACUGUUAACAAAAUGCAGGCUGUUCAUGGGUCAGUUUGUUCUGUUACCUCUGGUGCUCUUCAGGAUAUACAUUUUUACCUUCAGUCUGCUGCAGAUGUUGUAAAGGAAAAACUGAGAUUAAGACAGCAGUUUGAUGAGCGAUUCCGCUCAAUGAUGAACCAAUUAGAACUGUGCACAAUCAGACGCUUUCCAGAUGAUGUAGUUCUUCAGUCUGAGGACAGUGGAAUUGGGGCAGACAGUGAGUCUCUCAAGGGGACCUGUAGACCUGACAGACUUGGAAGUCAGACAAGCGACAGUUCAGUUGGGCAGGAGCUUUGUCAAAAACAACAGAUGGUUUCAUCUCAAACAGCAUUGCAAACUUCAGAGUCUGAAUCUUUCAAAUCUAAAUCUCAUCAUGGUGCACUUGGAAAAUAUGACAAGGAUGUCUUGAACUCUCCUGUGAAUGACAACAAAGAAACCACUUGCCCAGAUGUAGGACUUGUUGGAGAACGAUUUGUGCCUGACCCGUUAAAUCUAAAAAAAAGUUCUUCUCUUAACUCAUUUGAUUCCAUUGCCACUUGUGAACUGCAGAAUUUCAGAGAUUCUGAAUCUAUGGAUUUUCUCCCUUCAGAUGAAGAUGAAGAUGAUGACGAUGAUGAUGACGAUGCUCAUAAUAAUCACACUGCAGAUUUAUCUGAAAUUAUGUGCAAUGGGUUACCUAGGAGGCCUGUCACAUCACCUGCAGAAAUGAUUUCAUACAGAAGUGUUCCAAAGAGAAUUGAAAACCCUGACAAUGAAGAAAUGACUCUAAAAAUGAAAGAUGCAAUCAGUGGAAAAAUUCAGUUUGUGCCUAGUAUGCCAGGUGGUAGUGGAUGGUCUGAAGAUGAAGAAACAAAACCUAAAUCCACACGACCUAGUUCUGCAAACACUUGUGUAAAAGGGAAGCCUAAGCAGCAAAGGUCUCGAUCAGUAGAAUCUCUUAAGAGUCAAGCUGAAGACCCAACUCUUAUCCAGCUUCAAAGAACACAGAAGGACCUAAACAGAAAACUGGGAAAGUUACAAAAAUGUAAAACAACUAAGAAGAAGAGCAAAGAAAAUCAGGAAGUCCAGCAACCGAAAAUAUCAGCAAACCUUACGGAAAAUGGACAUUCUUUAUCAACCUCAUCCAUAAACAAACUGAAAACAUGUCUUAACAAAAAUUUCACUGUUUUACCCAGUCAUGAUAAAAUUACAUUAAGGAAUUCUGAACAUUGCACCCCAAAACUGCUGAACAGAAAGCCACUGAAGGCUAUUUCACCUGCAGUGCAGUCACAAGGUAGCAAGGAACAUACAUCAAUGGGGAAUGAAAAGAAGAAAAUUACAAAUCAGGCUAUGACGUCACAUCGGUCUGUAAAGAAACUUAUUGAGACUUUUACUCCAGCUGAAGGCAUGGUGAAUUCUGGGCAUCAUAAAUCCUUGGGUCCCCUUCAAAGUGUGAAAAAGAUUGGGGUCCCUGUUUUGCCUUCAGUAGUUUUAAUCAACAGAGAGCUUGCAUCACAAAGCCAGAAUUCCAUUGAUUCUACUGCAAAAUAUUCACAUAUUAAACCAAGCAGUCCCCAAAGUACACUGACAAAUAAACCAAAAACAGAAGAACUAAAAUGGGAUGCAAUGGAUAUGACAGAUGCUAUCGCUGAUUUGGAAAAUUUACCACCGCCACCACCUGAAAUUUUAAUGGAUACUUCAUUUAGCAUAUCUCAAUGCACAGGAACUACAGAUAAUGAGACAGUCUCCUUAGAAUUAACUGACAGCAAAGGUUGCAAAAUGGAAAGCAGUGUACCUCAAAAAUCAGUUCCCCAAAAGGUGAAAAUGUCUCUGGAUUCUUUCGAUUUAUUGCCAAACAAAAACAUUUCAAGAUCCAGCAUGGCAGUUAGUGCAUUACAAAAAGCAAGUACACAGGAAAUGAGACCUAAAACUGAUUCCAUAGACUCUCAUUUUAGCAAUGGUUUUAUAAUCAACUCAGGAGAUGAAUUAGAAAACAAGUGGAAUAAUGACACAAAUGAGGCAGCAAGUUUAUAUAAGCAAUCACAUAAAAUAAUACCCCUACAAAAUACAACUGACUAUGGAACUUUAACAAAUACAGAGAAAGAAAAGGAGUGUUACAUGGGUUUGGUAUCACCUCAGAUGCAAAUGCAAGGCUUUACUAAUUCACUCAUAAAAACUGGUAAAUAUGUAGCUUCUAGUAAACAAGCAUCCCCAACAAGGUCUGCGCCUUCAUCCCCACCAACACAGAAGAGAUUUUCCAGUCCACCUGCACAGCAGAGGUGUAACACUGCCCAGUCUUUGAGCCGUGGUCAACCUACUUCACGAGUUCUUCCGAAGCAACCAAGUUCUGUUGCCAGUUCUAGUGUGCCAAGCCCUCCAGUACAAAGAAGGCUGCCUAGCCCACCAGCCCAGAGAAAGUUACCCAGCCCUCCUGUCAUGCACCGACAAUAUAGCCCCCCUACACAUCGGAAGUUGCCAAGUCCACCAAACAGUCACAGAGAAACAAAGACACCACCAUACAACAUUUCUCCUUCACCCCCAUCUUCUCCAGUUCAAGCACAGAGGAAAUUCCGACAUAGUUUUGAUUCUUCUAGUGAGAAUUCAGCUUCCAGCAUUCUGAGUAAUGCAAAUUCUAUAUUUUGCCCAGUGAAAUCCUCAAUCUUUGAAGCCAGUCCAUCACCUUUACCUAAUGGUUCUAAAUCACCAGCAGAAGUAACUGACCAAAACCAGUUCUCGAGGAAUAAUGGUUUUAUAGUAAGACAGUGGGGAGAGCCACAGAAAAGACUGGCUUUUACAACGCCCCAGCCAUUUGUAAGGAGGUGUUACUCAGAUCGCAGACCAGGGGUUCACCUGCGGAUUCCUCCUUCUUCCUUUGUUUCAUGUACCAGUGAACCUACUCUUCACAAAUUGGGGUAA